AAGAAGAAGAUCAAGAACAAGAAGACAAAGACAAAGACAAAGACACUUCCUUUUAUAUCCAUUUUUGGCUUAGGAACCCUUUCUCUCUCUCCUUCUCACUCUCUCUCUCUCCGACUUCUCAAACUCCAUUAACGGACACCAAAUACCUUCCUUCCACUCCACAACCAAAUACCUUCCUUCCACCCCACAACCAACUACUACUGUAUAACACUCCAAAACCACACUUGACUUGGAGUGGCAUGCUUAGGAGGAAGAAGAUGAAGCCGUGCUUCACCUUCUUCUUCUCCAUCUCCUCUUGAUUCAUGGCUUCUUCUUCUCAGCAUCGCUGCGUUUUUGUGGGAAAUAUACCUUACGAUGCGACCGAGGAGCAGCUUAUAGAAAUUUGCCAGGAGGUUGGACCUGUUGUGUCUUUCAGAUUAGUUAUUGAUAGAGAGACUGGGAAACCGAAGGGUUAUGGGUUUUGUGAGUACAAGGAUGAAGAGACAGCUUUGAGUGCUCGACGUAAUCUUCAGGGUUAUGAGAUCAAUGGUCGCCAAUUGCGAGUUGAUUUUGCUGAAAAUGGCAAAGGUGCUGACAGAAGUCAACAGGGUCGUGGAGGACCUGGACUGGCUUCAAGUGCCGAUCUUCCAAAACAAGUUGGUGGUCCAUCAAUUCUAGGGGAUUCUGUUCAACAUCAGCCAAUUGGUCUCCAUGUAGCUAUAUCGUCUGCAGCUGUUAUGGCAGGAGUGCUAGGUGGUUCUCAAGGCCAGUUGGCGUCGGCUAAUGAUCCUUUAAGUCUUCACCUGGCUAAAAUGUCAAGGAAUCAGCUGUAUGAAAUUAUAUCUGAUAUGAAGGUAAUGACUACACAAAACAAGGAAUUAGCUCGUCAACUGUUGAUUGCAAGACCACAGCUGGCAAAAGCUCUAUUUCAGGCUCAGAUCAUCCUAGGAAUGGUGUCGACACAAAUGUUGCAGACACCAAAUCUGAGGCAAUCUUCUGGUCAUACUUCGCAGACUCCUUUCCAAGAUGGCCAGGCUGGUCAACUACCAGCUGUUCAACCUCAUUCUCUGUUACCCCCUCUAGCAAUGACAAUGGCUAAUAUGCCGUCUAAUUUGAUGCCCAAAGUUCAAGGUCAAGUUUCCACAGGGCCUCCAACUGCAAUUCGUAACCAAUUUUCUGGACCCCCACAACUUCCUAUACAGCCACGAGGCCAGCUUCCCCAGAAUACAAAUGAGCAGGCUUUUCAACAGGUCGUUUUGCGUGGGCAAUCAUUAGUUUCACCUUUUCCUCCUCUUCAACCCCACUCUUCAAGUAGUCUUUCUAUUCAACCACAGAUUCAGGUUACAAACUCCUCUUUGAAUCCACAGAUGCAGCGACCUCCUCUUAAAAAUCCAGGACAAGUUGUAACUUCAAAUAUGGGGCAUAAUAUCCAAAUGGUCCUGUCAAAUGCUAACAUACAGCCAUCACUUCUACCACGCCAGUCAUUACCUGAUGCAGGGUAUCAGCCUGGCCCCUCAAUAUCAUCAGGUAUUUCACAGCCGAUUAGUAGAGAUGUUGAUAGGUCUGCUCAAGUUUCUGUCGAUGCAACUUGGGCCCGCAGAGGCAAUACUAAUCAAAAUUUGCCUCUGGGGAUAGCAGAAAAAAGGAGUAUGCUUUCUGAGCCAAUGGACUUGAAUAACCACUCUUCAAAAAUAAGGAAACUGGAUGAUGGAACUGUACCAGUUACAAAUUUGAAUUCGUAUAAUGCCAAUGGAUCUACACCAUCCCAAGUUUCAGCAGCUGCUUCAAUACUUGCAAAUGCUGUUCCUAAAUCAGAUGAUGCUCAGAUCCCAGGGAAACAAAUCUCUCAGCAGCCGCAGCUUCCAUCAGGGGAGGAGGCCGCCUUAUUGCAACAAGUGCUGAACCUCACGCCCGAGCAGUUGAUUUCAUUGCCGCCAGAACAGCAACAACAAGUGGUUCAGCUCCAAGAAAUGCUGCGGCGCCAACAAAUACAGCCGCCCUAGCGGGAUUUGAUUAGAAAAUAAACAAGAUUUGUUGAUUAUCGAUGGUAAACGAGUACAGGCCUCAAUUCAUUUGCUGGAGUAAUAAAGCUUUAUAGUUGAUUGUAUUCCACUCCAGCUUCUUGUAAAAUUAAUAGUAGCAGAGAUAAACUUCAUAAUCUGAAAAGCCAUUGAUUAUGUUGGUUAGAGAGAGAGAGAGAGAGAGAGAAGCUUGUGAUUAACAUAGUAGCUGGAUAAUUUUUUUUUUCUUUCUUAAAAGAGGAAUAGGAAAUUUUUGUGUAAUCUCUAGUUGGCAGUACUUCCAAAUUUUCUUUUUUCAUAGUUGAUUUCCAAGUUUUAAGUCUACUUUCGGUGUUUUGUAACUUUUGACUCUUGUGUUUUAUUAUUGAAUGAGACAAAAUGAAUAAUUAAGUCUAAAA